UUUGCUGAGUUUUUAGAGAAAUCUUUUCUAUUAAUCUUUUUAUUACUGUAGAGGUAUCAUUACAAGUUUAAUUUGCCUAUAGUGUGUCUUUACCUUUUGACUUGUCUUCCUCUCGAAGCAAAAAGAGAGAGACAAUCACUUUCUGUCUUUCUUUUCUCUCUCUCUCGGACCCUUUUCAUAUUUUUUUUAGUAUACUUUCAACUAAUUUUGUAGCUAAUUAUGGCCUUAGAGGCUGUUGUUUACCUGCAAGAUCCAUUGUCCUACAGCUCCUGCAAAGACUUUCCGUUUCACGAUUUAUACUUUCAACAAGGAGAAGAUCAAGAUCCACUAGACACCAAGAAUAACAUUAAGCUAGGGCAAGAACAAAGACAAGGGUUUGGGAGUAUUAACUACAACGGUAAAGGCGGAGAUAACAGUGUUGAUUAUAGUUACAACGAUCAGGUGGAUCUUCAGUGGCCACCACACGAGCUUCCUUAUGGAUCUACCGUCGACACCAAGAACCAUCCUCCGCCCUCGGAUAUGGCGGCUACCGGAGGAGAGAGGAGGAAGAGGAGAAGGACUAGGAGUAACAAGAACAAAGAAGAGAUCGAGAACCAGAGGAUGACUCACAUCGCCGUCGAGAGAAAUCGGCGGAAACAAAUGAACGAGUACCUCGCCGUUCUCCGUUCUCUCAUGCCACCUUGUUAUUCUCAGAGGGGAGAUCAAGCGUCAAUAGUAGGCGGAGCCAUUAACUACCUAAAGGAGCUUCAACAUCAGUUACAAUCAAUGGAGCCUCCGGUAAAGAUCACCGCCACAGAAGACACCGGAGCCACCGCCGCCUCCGCCGGCGACCAGAACAACACAAUCUCCGCCAGCUCAUCCGGACCGUUCUCAGAUUUCUUUGCAUUUCCUCAAUACUCGAGCCGGCCUUCGUCGUCGUCUGUGGCUGAGGGGACGGCGGAGAUAGAGGUGACGAUGGUGGAGAGCCAUGCAAGUGUGAAGAUACUUGCUAAGAAGAGACCGAAACAGCUUCUUAAACUGGUGGCAUCGAUACAGAGCCUACGGCUCACACUUCUUCAUCUCAAUGUCACCACUCAUGACAACUCUGUCCUCUAUUCUAUAAGCCUAAAGGUUGAAGAAGGGAGCCAAUUGAAUACAGUGGAAGAUAUUGCAGCAGCUGUGAAUCAAAUCCUUAUGAGGAUUGAAGAAGAGUCACCCUUAAGCUGAUAUAGUUGAAUUUUAGUUAUGACACAUUUAGAGGAACUCUAAUUUUUCAUGUGUGAUAAUUUACUCUAUUUCUUAUAUUAAAAUAAAUAACAAUAUUUAACUUUUCA